GGCGCAACAGGCGUCCGGCCGGGCGGGCCUCGGCGGCGGCGGCGACAUGGACAAGCUCAAGAAGGUGCUGAGCGGCCAGGACACCGAGGACCGCGGCGCGCUGGCCGAGGUCGUCGACGCGUCCACCCUGAGCUGGGGCACCCGGAUCAAAGGCUUCGCCGCCUGCUUCGUGGCGGGCAUCCUGUGCUCCCUGCUGGGGACGCUGCUACUGUGGCUGCCCCGGAAGGGACUCACGCUCUUCGCCGUCUUCUACACCUUCGGGAACAUGGCUUCCAUCGGCAGCACCGUGUUCCUCAUGGGGCCCAUGAAACAGCUGAAGCGGAUGUUCGAGCCCACACGCCUGGUCGCCACCAUCCUGGUCCUGCUGUGCUUUGCGCUCACGCUGUGCUCGGCCUUCUGGUGGCACAACAAGGGGCUGGCGCUCAUCUUCUGCAUCCUGCAAUCCCUGGCGCUGACAUGGUACAGCCUCUCCUUCAUCCCCUACGCCAGGGACGCCGUGAAGAAGUGCUUCGCCGCGUGCCUCGAGUGACCGUGGCCAGUCGUGCGGCGGCCUCUUGUAAACACCCAGCUCUUCGGACACUGCCUUUUUCGCCCACGCCACGCGCCGGGGGUGGUGGGGGGCAGGUUUGCUUUCG